GACGAUCUCUGAAUUCAACAGCUAAUGCCUGGAUAUUUCGUAUAUGGCGGUGUACUUGAAAGAACCCGGCGUCUCGGAAACAAAGGGAUAAUUAAAACAUUUAGAAUAUUCAGAUCAACAGUUUACUAUGGGCCGUCAUUCGUCAGACAGUGAAGAUAGCAGGAGCCGUCGAAAAAAAAAGUAUCGUAGAAGGUCAUCUUCUAGCAGCUCAUCAGGAAGCAGAGUGACAAGUCGAAAGAAAUCGGGAAGGAGAUCUCGGUCCCGGACGAGAUCUCGGUCCCGAUCGCUUUCACGUGCAAGAGACAGGAGACAUAGACGGCGGUCCAGCAGCAGUUCAUCCUAUGAGUCCCGGAAGAAAAGAAGCAGCAGAAGCAGAUCCGUUGAACGAGGAAGAUCAUACAGAUCUCGAAGGUCUAGGUCAAGAAGUCGAGCACGAAGAUCCCGCUCCAAACGCAGACGGUCUAGAAGUCGCAGCAGUGGCAGGGGUAGCCGGAAGAGGAGUCGCAGCAGAUCAAAAGACCGUAACAGAAGAAAAGGAAGAGAAAAAGAGAAAGGAAGAGAAAGGGGCAAGGAGAAAGAGUAUCCAACUGAAAGACAAGGGAGUGCUGGAAACAUCAAAGUGGGAUUAGAACAUCUGACUCCUGCUGAACAAGCUAAAGUAAGAAUGCAAAUGGUUCUUCAGGCUGCAGCCAGAACAGAUGAAGUGUUAAAAGCAAAAGAGAAGAAGGAGGAGGAGGCCAAGAAAAAGAAAGAAGAAGAGCAAACAACUCUGGCAGAUCAGGUUAAACGAGUGAAAGAAAUUGAAGACAUAGAAAGUGACUCAUUUGUUUCUCAAACAUUUAAGUCCAGCAGAGAAACUAAAAAGAGUGCAGAAUCCACAGAAGUCAAACAGGAUCUGAAGAGUCUAGAUUUGUCUGUUCUUCUACAAAAACAAGAUUUGACAAUUCCUACAAUGAUUCAGUACCAGGAAGAUGAUGAUCUAGCUCAUCCGAGUCUGUUUAUUGAUAAAGACGAAGCUGAAGCAAGGUGGAUAAAGAGGUUGACUACCCUCCGUCAGGAAAGGCUGAUGGGAAGUCCUGUAUUUUGAAUAGCAGCUUAUGUAGAUGUAAAAUGUGGAUUGGCUGUUUAAAGUAAGCCUGAAGAGCUGGCUGUCUGAAUCACAGAGGUAUUUUUAGUUCAACUGUGAAACUUCAAAUGUAGUAUUUUUUUGUAAAUAAAAAGUAACAUAGAAA